AUGCGCCUCCUCACGUUCCUCCCCCUCCUCCCUGCCGCCCUCGCCCUCGCACUCCCCCAAUCAUUUCUACCCACCGGCCAAACCGUAGUCCAGGACAUCAUCAACAUCCACAACGCCGUCCUCGAGCUCGACGCCACAGUAGCCGCCUACAACGGCGCCCCCUUCCCCACCUCCCUCGUCGCCGGGACCCCCGUGCUCCUCGGCGUCGCCAAAAUCCACAGCGUCAACCGCGCCGGCUUCCGGCACGCGCUGGCCGCCGCGCCCUUCUCAGUCCCGGACUCCAACGACGUGAUCAACACCGUGACGGCAACGGUCAACAAGAGCAUCCCCGCGGCGACGCAGCGGCUGAAGGAGAAGCUGCCGGCGUUCAGGGAGGGCGCGCUGGUGCCCAUCGUGAUUGCGAGUCUGGCGCUGCUGCUGAGCGACCACGACUCGUUCAGCGCCGCGACGCUGGCGAAGGUGGAUCCGGGCGUGGGCGAGGCUAAGAUCAAAGAGGGCGCCGACGGGGUCGCGAAUAUCCACAAUGCGAUACAGGACGCGAUUGUGUUUUACACAGUGAACGCGGUGUAA